UAUAACACUCGAUACAUGUAAUGCAAGGCAUGAACAGUGGAGAAUUUAGUUUGGUUUUUCUUUUUUGUAAAAUUUCUUUUCAGAUCACUUUCUUGCUUGUAAAAGUGCCAUCUGACACACUGUCUGUUUUUUAAACCAGCAGCAAGGUGUGCCGGGGUAAAUAAAGCCUUUUGUUGAGAUUAUUGUUGCAACGUUUGAGAAAUCAGAAUGACAGUAAAUCAACUGGCGACACACGUCCCUGACCUGGUGAUGGAAGGAAUUCAAAUAAAAUCUCUUCCUCACAGCCAGAAAUUUGACGGCAUCCUCAUGUUUGCCGACAUUUCAGGAUUUACCGCACUAACUGAACGCUACAGCAUGAGUUCACGUAACAGCUGCGGAGCAGAAAAACUGUCUGCUGCCCUCAAUAGUUACAUUGGAGACAUCGUGGAGAAUAUCAUCGGGUCUGAGGGAGAUAUUCUUAAAUUUGCAGGAGACGCGUUCUUGGCCCUGUGGAAGCUGAAGCGAGACAACUUGGACUUCACUCUUAUGAGAGUCAUCAAGUGUGGGCUACGAAUCCAGGAGAGAUGCGACAAUAGAGAUACCGAGGUUGGCGUCAAGCUUCGUGUCAAACUAGGUGUGUCUUUGGGUCCGGUUCGCGUCACCACGGUAGGCAACGAGGAAUCUCGCCAUUACGUUCUCAGCGGCUUGGCCGUCGACGAUGCCAACAAGGCCGAGAAGUUUGCCACCUCGGGCUCACUGGUGCUGUCGCCCAAGGCGUGGGCCUACACGCCGGACCAUCAAUUCAUAGAGUACCGAGUGUUGGAGGACCGCAGGCAUAUCUCGGUUCUGUCAAUACUAGCCGAACCUAUCGACCAACCUGAUGUCAGAAUCGAUCUCAGUUACGGCAAUCAGUACACAAGGAAGAGCGGUGACAACCUUACUGCUGGACCCAGUGUCACAGUGAUGAGGUUGUCGUGUUCCAAGCCGUCCUCAUCAGACGAACACUACUCAGACGCAGUAGGCAGGAAGCGCGAGUCUGCCUUCCGGUCAAGUACCGACGAUGAAAAAGCCCGACUGCGCAUGUACAUCAUCAAGCCAGUUCUACAAAAGAUUGAUGACGGUCUACCGCUGGAAUAUCUAUCGGAGAUGAGACAGGUCAGCGUGGUCUUCAUCAACCUAGUUGUGACGUCAUCAGACCAUGAAACCGAGAGAAGAAACCUUCAUACAGCUUUCAAUGUGGUCUACGACGACAUGAAAGAGUACCAAGGCUGUGUGAACAAAGUUUUCAUGUUUGACAAGGGAUGCACUUUUCUUGCCAUAUUUGGUCUUCCUGGGUACAAACACGAGGACGACUGCGCACGCGCACUUCAGUGUUCCUACCGUCUUCUUGAACACCUGAAAGCAACCCCUAAUGUCACGCAAGCGUCGAUCGGCGUUACCACCGGGUCGACAUUCUGUGGCGUGAUUGGUCACGUCCACAGACAUGAGUAUACGGUUAUUGGGAGGAAAGUCAACAUGGCUGCCCGUCUGAUGAUGCAUUACCCGGGCAGGGUCUCCUGUGAUCCCGAGACUUUUCAUCACUCCAAGCUCGCCAGGCACUUCUUCCGAGAACUCCCCCAUAAGGAGAUGAAAGGUGUCCGCAAUGCUGGUGUUAUCCAGGAAUUCGUGGAAGGAGAACAGUCCGAGAUUAUAGUGGGAAGCAGUGUGCCGGAGUUUGAAUUCCCGUUACUUGGUCGUGAUAAAGAAAUGGGAGUAUUCUCAAAGGAGCUGCAGAUGAUUCAGGAGCACAGGGAACGAGGAGAACAUCGACGAGUCAUCAUAUUUGACGGCCAGGCAGGCAUAGGCAAGACCAGAAUGUUAGAUGCUGUCAUUGAGGAGUCUGUCCGCGAAGGCAACAGAGUAAUAUCUUGUGCGCUGACAAUGAACGACGUGACUGUACCGUACUACACCGUCAAGCAUCUGGUCACCAUGUUGCUUAAUAUGGAAGACUGCGUCAGUCAUGUAGAAAGGGAGCAUGCUCUCUUGGAACACAUUCAGAACGAGACUCUGCGGGAAGAUCUUUGCCUCUUGAAUGACUUGCUCGUUCUCAAACUUCCAGUAAAUCCCAGGUUUCAGAUUAUGCAGAAUGAACAGCGUAUUGGGGAGUUGCAUAGCCUGCUCGGCAAGAUAGUACAUCAGUUCACCUUGGACCAGUGUGUCAUAUUUGCUGUCGACGAUGCACAUUUCAUAGACCCAGACUCCUGGGAUUUCUUGACGGACUUUGCCGAGGAUUCCUCGGCAGUUUGCGUGCUGACUAUGCGGCCCUUCAAGCCGGACAAGCCGCCUUGCGUUGCGGCCCAUCGCGUGCUAGUUCACCCCAACACGCUGCACAUCAAAUUAGGUGGACUACGCUCUACCGAGAUGGCUUCCUUGGCCUGUCAGCUGCUGGAUGUCGUCCGCGUACCCGAAGACCUUGUUCGCAUACUUCAGAAGAAGAGCCACGGCAUAGCUUCUUGGUGUGAGCAGCUACUCCAGGAACUGACGGCAGCCAAUCAACUCCUGAUCGUGCCGGAGGGUAGUAACCGAGCUGCCGCGGAUGAGGAUCAGACCGCCAACAUUACGCCGAGCCUGACCGUGCUUCAGAAGCGACGUGACAGCAGCGCCAGCGGUGGUGUACCUGGUCGUAGCAGGCGGAGCAGUGUAGAUAGCGGGACUGCACCGAUGUUCCAGCAACCGAUACCUCCGACUCUGCUGGAGAGACUACAGGAGCUGCAAGAGGAAGGACUUGCUGCAGAAGAGGAUGAUGAUGAGCCUAAGAUGGUGUGCGUGCUGGCUGCAGGAGUCAACUUGACUGACCUACAGAUACCAGACUCCAUGACAGGAAUGAUGUUGGCUCGUAUUGAUCACAUGAAGCCUUCUGAACAGAUGCUGGUCAAGUGUGCUGCUGUACUCGGCUUGACGUUUAGUCGCCGCAUGUUAGAGAUGAUUACACCAAACACCACGCCGUGGAAGAUCCGUCGUCUCCUACACGCUUUGAUGAAGGCCGGGGUGUUCGAGUGCGCCACCUACUACAUGUCACUCCACAGCUCCGCCCAGCGGCCCAGCCAGGGCGUUGCCAGCUCUCUCUCCAGUUACUUUGGGGCGCUUGGUCGCGGCAACCGGCUCUCGUCCGGAGUCAUCUGCCACUGCCCAAAGACGGAGCGCCAGGAAGCGGAGUUGAGCUCCGUGGAGGUGUCGGCCGCUUCCUCCCAUAUGUUUGUGACCGACUGCACCAAUCUGCGCUUCACCAGCGCCUUCAUGCAGGAGACGGCCUACGGGUUGUUCCUUGCUGAGCAGCGACGCAAACUCCACCGCCAAGCCGCUGAAUUCCUAGAGUCCCAGGCACAUAAAUGUGUGGCGUGCGGCGGUGGCGACUUCCUCCCAGGAGGCCAUCAACUAACUGGUGAAACAACCCUCAAGAGGGUAACGACGAAGAUGACCAAUGGCGAUCAGGCACAAGAGCUCCGUACAAACACAGAUUUAAGUAAUAAAACUGAAGAAGGUCGUUACUCUCGACAUGUGAGCUUCGACAAAUUGAUAGCAGAGCAAGAGACUUUUGUCCAGGAUCAGACUGAGAAUAUGAUGGGUUCCCUGAAGAAGAGUCUGAAACGUCGAAAGAUGGCCUCAGUUUCACCAAAUACGGACGAGCCACGUGGGUCACACCUCCUCCUCCACGAAGAAGAAGACAGCGACGAUGAGGAGAAGCCACCUUCAGCCACGGCGAAGGGCUUACCUGCUCGAAGGGGUACGUUGGUACUGCGUAAGGGCUCGUUAGACUGCAGCAUCAGUGUGAUCAGUUUUGGUGAGAUCUCCGACUCGCCAGCCAGUAGCCGCUCGGGUAGCCGUAGCACGUUAGACUUUGAGCGGAUGGAUCUGCGUGAGUGUCGAUGCACCGAUGUCCUCAACUCCAUCUAUCCGCAGCUCGUGCGACAUUGGCGCGCUGCAUGCUACACAGUCAAGACUGUUCAUUUCCUAUCGGAAGCCGGCAGUGCGGCUGUGGCUACAGGAAACAACAUGCAGGCUAUGUCUUACUUGCAAGAGGCUAUUGACAUCAUCAAAGACAUCGACAGAGGCCACAACCCAUUGACAGAUGAUCCGACGCAGGUUGUCACUAUCGACAAACAUGAGCGCGCUAAAAUCGAAAGCACGAUGGGUCAGGCUUUAUUCAAAAUGAAUCGACUGGACGAGUCUAUGCCCCACUUCCACAAAUCACUAAGGCUCCUUGGCAACCGACAGCCAUCUUCCAAAUUUGGCGCGCAUCUGAAAUUAUUCAGUGCAGGAUUUCGCCAGCUCUUCCACAUUUGGUUUCCGGAACGCACCUUCGGAAAUCCGUCCAAACGUGAGAAAUAUUUGGAGCAGGCCCGCUGCCUGUCACACAUGUGGCACUCAUACGAUCGGCAGCAGGACGCUCUACGGUGUCUCCUAGCGGCCCUCCAACAAGUCAAUCUCGCCGAAAAUGCUGAUGAUGACCUCGACGAGCUCAUCAGCGCAUACAGCAACAUGAUUCUAUGCUGUCAGAUGCAGCAGUGGACAGAAAUGGGCCGCCGUUACGAGCAGAUUGCAAUGCGGAGAUGCAUCGAGUCACCAAUUGGAGUCGGCCCAGAUGACCUCAUUACCAUAGGUCACCUAUACGCUGUCAGUACGGGAAUUCGGCUUAGUAAUGGCUAUGUACAGGGUGCAAUUGAUACAGGUUACAGUGCACUCAAGAUAUCGGAAAAGAUUCACGACAUCAAUCUUCAGAUUAAAACGCUGCCUCUCUUGGCAAACGCGCUGCUUCUUGCUGGCAGGCUGGCAUCUUGUGUGGAGAUGUUGGGUAAGCUCUCUUACGCAGCUAGCGAGGAAGAGGACUUUAAGGCCCGUGGAGCGUAUUACUGCGGUUGCCUAGACCUCAUCCUAGAAGCAGGAUUUGCACUGGAGACCCACGAGGCAUGUGUUACCUUCUGUAGCCAGGUAUCACACGAUCCAGCUUAUGCCUCUGAUACCACGUCAAGAUGUUAUCUAAUGGCCUCACUGUCAUUAUGGUACAUGCGGAAGGACUGCGUGGAUCUUGCUCAGCAGUGGUUGGCUAGGAGUGAGGAAAGUCUGCCCUCUCAUCGUCUGCCCACCUUCAUGGCAGUCAGGACAGGUUUCAAGAUCCUAGAAUGCCGCCUACUGAGUUACUGUCAUACAAUCAAGGCUGGCAGAGAUACGGCUAAGGUUAAGAGCAAAUUGAAAAGGACUAUGAAGGCUCUGAAGUCUGAUAUCACUCGAUACCCUGGACUACUGCCCCGUCUGCAUCACCUCAAGGCCUACAUGCGCCAACUGAAUGGCAGUCGGCGGGCAGCCAGAAUUGAGCUACAACGUUGCCUGGAAAUGAGCACCCAAGCGGGGAACCAGCACGAGGCAGCCUGGGCGCAGCACAGCAUGUCGGUGUGGUUCGAUUCGAGUCACUCCCGCUCCCAGGAUGAGUUUUGGCAAAGAUCGACCGAGGAAGACAUGGACUGGCGCGCUGCUGGCGGUGUGGAACCUGCGGCAGUCAAGUAUUCGCUCCCUUUGCCGAAAUAGACACAGGCAACAGUGAUUCGUGGCAGACAGGGUACUGUGGGCAAAUGAAAACAAAUGCCUUUGAGAACUAAAAGCCGGGUAUCAGGACUUUGUCCUCCACAAUAUCAAAGGGGACCUAGGCAACAAGGUUUGAGGAUUUUCUCGACCAUGUAGGUUUCUCGACUUGUGUUUGUGUCGUGAUAAUAGGGCCUAAAGAUAGGCCAUACAUGUUGGCUCAAGAUUGGGUGGUGCUGGCCUAACCAUUCAAAGAUAAAUUAACCUCGAACAGUCAGAAAAUAAUUCAGGGCGAUAUAACCCCUGAACUGCAGAAAGUGGACACUCUUUUUCUAAAGUAUACACUCUAUUCAGUAGUGCCUUUCCUGAUAUCUGUUGCAUGAAUAGCACUAUUUGGAAACCUAAAAAUAGAGUUUAUAGCAGCAAUAGAGUUAAUCCAGAAAGGAAAUAUCUUUUCCUACUCAAACAGCCUGUUAAAAUGAAAUUAUCAUUUUGCUUGAUGACAACACAAAGUCGGUAUGGUUGUAAACAAAAUCAAAGGUUAUUGACUUGGAAGCAACAGUGGACACAACUGAUUAAAUUUGUUAAAGAAUUUCAGCAGGGAUUAAGUGCCCAAAUAUGUGAAACCUCAAGUUGAGAUUGUUGGAUUUAUGGUUCACUAACAUGUCUGUAACAUGCCUAUAAAAACUUUAAAAGGAUCUAAUGUCACAAUUGGCUUAGGUAUAAAGCCAAAGAUAGAACUUUAGCAAUGGAAGUAUAUACAAGCCUUAUGACUCUUCUAACCCGGGUAAUUACACGCUUCAAGAAAAUUCUAGACUGUUCUAUAUACCCUAAAGACGGAGACACUUGAACAUCAUUUCGCAGACCCCUUCACUCAGAAUUAAAAGGCAAAAAUAUGGUUAGUCCCGAUGUCUUUUCCCCUUUUCACCAUUGUAUCCACAGGCUUUGUCCGUCUUGACCCCAACACAAUCUCACCCUCUGUGGGCAAAUGACAUCCUCCCAAGACCAAAUUCCUGCGCUUCGUCAUCCAGCAUCAAAAUAGUAGGACAAGUGCUUGAAUAUUUUUCUUCGUGUUUAGUAUGCCCACCACACAUAACCUCAAGUCCUGCUAAGAAAAAUAACUGCGCUGCAAACGGUGAACAGUUGUUGACAUUAUGUUCAUCAAUAUAUAACCAAUAAACUA